AUGGUGGGAUCAGCUGGUCGCCUGAUCGAUAAACCGGAGGCCGACCUUGGCGAAGCUGUGUUUAAAUCAGCCUGCAUACGCGCGCGUGUCGGUUCUUGCCCCGCCAAUCUGGCUGAAAUCGAGGCUUACCUUGUGGAAAAGUACCAGCUCAAUAAGACGUCUAGAUGUGUCUUUGCAAAAAAACAUCGACAAACCAACAACUUCUGGACCAGUGUGCGGGGAUACCUGCGCUACAUCGAACUGACUAUAUUUAAAUUUCAUCCACAUUGGAACGGACGAAUCGGCGAAGAGGAUCUAACUCAGGCCAACGCCGAUUGGUCGACGCGGCCGCGCAUGUGA